CUUCAUGGCACAUCAUGCGUCAUCCACUCAUUGGUCUAUUGUGCACGUGCGGCCAUGGAAAAGACGGAUGCCGAUGUGUUCUUCAGGGACACUGUAAAACUGAAGCCGCCUGAUUUAGACGCGCAGCGGCAAGCAAUUGCUGACUUCAUAGUCAAGGCUCGCUCAAAGGACCUGCGCGUAGCGUUGAUCACCUCUGGAGGCACCACAGUGCCCCUGGAAGUGAAUACAGUUCGUUUCAUCGAUAACUUCUCCACGGGUACCAGAGGAGCUCUCUGUACCCAGGAGUUUCUUGAAGCUGGCUACGCAGUGAUAUUCCUACAUCGUAAAGGGUCUAACUUCCCUUAUGCCACAGAGAUUGUGAAGAAACUCAACCAGGCGCCGUUGGAUCUUUUGGAGGACAAGUGCUUUGCUACUUCACCUCCAGCCGAUGCAAAGGACCGGUUGCUGGCCAUCGGCUUCACUACCAUUUUCGAAUACCUUUUCUCGCUUCGUCAAUGUUCCGAAGCCCUGGCUGCAGCAGGCACUGCUGGGAUCAUCCUUUUGGCUGCGGCGGUGGCAGACUUCUACGUUCCAGAGUCGGAGAUGGCCACAGAGAAGAUCCAAAGUCGAGCGCAUGAUGGACUCACCGUGCAGCUCCGGAACGUUCCAAAACUGCUUGGUGCGGUCCGAACUUGGGCACCUCAGGCCUUCAUAUUUUCCUUCAAGUUGGAGACCAAUCCCAAUAUUCUUUUGGCCAAAGCAGCGGGUGCCCUGAAGAAGUACAAAGUGGAUGCAGUCUGCUCAAACGUGCUUCAGACCAUCCGGGACUGGGUCACGAUCGUUGAAGCAGAUGAGGCAUCUUCCAUCGAAGUCCCUACGGAGAUCACCGGCGAUGAGAAAGAACCUCUGAAGGUCUUUGGGGUUCUUAGUCGUAGUAUCGAGCGCCGCGAUGCCAAGAGUGUGGAUGUCCCGCUGGUCCAAGCCAUGAUCGAGAUGCACAGAGCAAAGAUCAGACGCUCUACAUCGGGAUACACAGCCUGAAGAAAAGGAGCCUGAGUGGGAGCCUGGAGUGCUGCCAGCUGGGUGUCACACAAUAUGGUCGAGUUUGGUAGGGAGUUUCGACAAGAGGUGCUGGAAAGCUGCCUGAACUCGGAACCGUGGAAAUCAGCAAUCCAGCUGGGUCGUCAUGAAAGAAUUGGAUACGUACUGAUUAAGGUAUGAGAUUAUGAUAUUGCUCAAAUGUGUUUCUUGUAACAAAAUGAGGUUGGUAAGCCAAUUACCCUGCUAUGAAUAGGCAUGUCAGAUAAUUCUGUUCGUUCGAUCGGCUACACAAUUGUAUACCACAACCGCUUUUUGGGGGAUGUGGACUUUGAGACUUUGAAAUGGUGCCAUAGACAAGAAAAUUCAAUCUUGUGCCUUGAAGCACUAGCACCUGCGCAGCUUCGGCUCAAGCAGCCGCUUUAUCCACUCAAG